AUGGCACCUACAUGGCCUGCUAUGGAGUAUGCGGAGCGGAGCAAGCCGCAAGGGAGCGCAUCGGUGCGCAGCCACAUUGCGGAGCGCGCAAAUAUUUCAAUGGCUGAUAUUACGCCGAACAAUGUCGGUCAGUUGCACAUGCUGAACGCAAAGCUCUUUCCCAUUGUGUACGUCAAAGAGCUGUACAAGGUACAGGGUGAGGACGUGAAGCCGUUGUGCAAAUUAGGUUUGUUUAACGAUAUUCCUGUCGGUGAUAUAUGCUGUACUUUGGAGGACGGGCCAGAUGAAACGACGUGGAAAAUAUACAUCAUGACGCUGGGUGUCCUUCCGUCGUACCGGCGCCUCGGCAUUGCUACGGCGCUGCUGAACCAUGUGCUGGAGAAUGCGCCCGUGGGUGGCAUGUUUGCAGGCCGCCGCGUACAUGCACUUUACCUGCAUGUCCAGACCAGUAACGUAGCCGCACGCGCAUUCUACGAGAAAAACGGCUUUGUCGUCUCGGAUAAAAUCGAGGGCUACUACAGCCAGCUGGAGCCGCAAAGCGCAUGGGUGCUUGAAAAGCAUACAUAG